UGGGUGUGUCUUAUCGCUUGCAGUUUCAUUCAUAACUACAAUCGGCAUUUAAAGCCUAAAUUAAACUAUGCAGGAAAGGCCAGCACUAUUGGCGUGUGAUGGACAGCGUCUCCAAAUGGACCACAUGAAGUAGGUUAGAAUAAGCGGUUUAUCGUUCGGGAGAAAGGAUGCUGAUGAGCGGGCACCAAAACUGGCGAGUCGAUGUCACAGCACCAACGAUAGAAGAGCGAGCGUGGUUUGGUUUUCACCAAGACAAGCGGGAAAGUCAGAAACUGGGGUUCAUUCUUUCUGACCUGGACCAUGAGCAAUGACUCGCCUGUACUGACAAGCCUGAUGGAGAACUCCACCGAGCUGCCAGUGUCGGCAGGGCGGGUGGAGGACUAUGUGCUCCUGCUGAUCCUGCUGUGUGUGUUCACUGGGGGCACUCUAAUCCUGCUCUCCGUGUUGUUGCUGUUCUGUCACCGCUGCUGUGUGGGCGGCCGCCGCUACUCCAGGGCCAGUGAUGAUCCAGAGAAGACUAACACCACCUAUGUGGAAGAUUCAUUGCCCACACAAGACAUCACCAUCCGGUUGGAUGAGUCAGAUGCUCUCUCUGCGUCUAGCUGCCAUGAUGAAGAGACCGACAGGUUCAUGUCCACCUGCUCUACUGGACGCCGCGUCUCCUUCAAUGAGUCAGCGCUCUACGAAAAGGAGAGUCAGACUCAGGACAAAGGACGCAGGUACACCCUUACAGAAGGGGACUUCCAUCACCUGAAGAAGGCCCGUCUGACCCACCUCCACCUGGCCCUCCCUCCCUCCACCCUAAAGAUCCUCACCAUCAUGGAGUGUGAGUCUACAGAGAGCAGCAGCCUUAACGUCAACAAACCACCUGCUCCCAAACUCCCCCUCUACCAGUCUUCUGAGAGGGCUGUGCGCACCUGGUUGGGCCAGAGCUCUAGUGGUGCCCUCCCCGGAGACACCCACCACUACAUUCUACUGGACCCCAGACUCAGCCACAGUCCGCCAAUCCUGUCCCCCCCGACCCCCUGCUCUAGAACCGUGGAGGCCGUAGGGGACGGGGCAUGGGUCAGGACGGAAGGAGAGCGAGAGAGUCGGAUGAGAGGGACGAGACGAGUGAGGGGAAUGUCUCCGGUCCCCGGCCACCAGGGUUCUGUUCUGCAGUUUUUCUGCAAACUGAGACGUCAUGCCAGCUUGGAGGGGGCAGGGCCUUACUUCAGGAAGUGGAAGUUUGACAGCAGCCAUCGUGCCGCCAGUCUAGACGCCAAAGGCUCUCCUAAGAGGCGUCCGUUCCAGAGACAGAGAGCAGCCAGUGAUAACACCGACCCAACUGAAGAGGACUCACCCCCUCCUCACCCUUCACCCCCUCUUCGACAUGACAUCACCCAGCCCCUCCCCUCCACACACAACCAGACCAGCAGCCUCCAGCAUCUCUCUGCGCGGUCGCUAUCUCCCUCCACCUGCCCACCCUCACUCUCCCUCGGCAGGUUAGAGGGGGUGGUGGUGGUGGAGGCUGCCAGCAGAGGCAGGAGAGGGAGAGACGUGACUCACCCACCACCAGAGCCCCCUGAGGCCGAGGGGAGAGAGCAGGAGCCUGGGGAGGCGACAGGGUUAUGGAGAGAAGCUGGGACAGGGACAGGGACAGAGACAAGGUCACGGGCAGAAGUUGGGGCAAUGACAAGAACAGAAGCAGGAGAGGUCAAAGUAUGGGUUGGGUCAGGAGAAGAGUCAGAUGAAGAUGAAGGGGAAGAUAUUCUAGGGACAGAACAAAGGGUGGGUAUGGGAGCAGAGAUAAUGGUAUGGGAAGGUCUGGGUACAGACGAAGCCCAAGAGGGAGAAGAAAGGAUCCAGGCAGAGCAAGAAGCUGAAGCAAGGAUAAAGGCAAGGACUGCGGGUGGAUUGGGGGCCACUUCAAAGGCAGAAGCAGUAAUGGGUGGAAGAGCCAAGACUGGUGUAAGAGCCAAGACAGGUGUAGGGGCUGUUCUGGGAACAGAAAAAGAGCCAGAGACAGGAGCCAGGUUUGAGUCAGUGAUAGAGGUGGGGGCCACACCAGGGGCUGAAUUAGAAGUUGAGGUAGGGCUAGGGGCAUCAGGGAUGAGGAUAGAGACAGAUUUAGAAUCAGGGUUAGAAGGGGUGCUAGCUGCUGGAGCAGGAAUAGGUGCAGAUUCAGGGCCUCGAUCAACGUCUGGGUCUGCGGUGUGUAUCAGUCGACAGGAGAGCUCUGAGACCCAGCCCUCCCUGUACAGAGACAUUUGGAGCCUACGAGCCUCUCUGGAGCAGUAUGCCUCCUCAGACCAGAGCAGCACGGACAGAGAGUCAAUACGCAGCGACGUCGACAGCGUGUGUUCGGUAGGAGGGGCAGCAGGCCGGUCCGGCUUCGCUGCCUGCCUCUCCCAGGAUCUUGGCGAUGAACUGGAGGGAGAAUGGGAGUAUGGGGACACGGAAAGGGAGGGGGGAGACAGAGGACAGAAGGAGAUGGAGGGGAAAGCGGAAUACAGGGACACUGGAAGAAAGAUGGGUCACAGGGGGGUUCAGAGGAGAGAUAGCGAGGGGGGAGGAGGUAUGGGAGGAGAAGGGGGAGUAGGAGGAGAGACUGAGGCAGGGAGCCGGAAGCUUCUGCAGAUGGACAGCGGGUACACGUCCAUUGAGGCUCCAAUACGGGCCCCUGAGGAGCUCAGGCUGUUUGGGGACCCUGGAGGCCCCCGGGGGAAGACGGUGUCAGAGAAAAGGCUCUUCUUCACUAGCUCUGGGAGGAAGGGCUCUGUGUGUGAGAGCUUUGAGGUCAAGGUGCUCCAAGAGGAGCAGGAGGAUGAGAUGCGAGAGGGUACUGAGGUGGAAGAGAAACCUGUAAAGAGGUCCCCAAUGUCCCCUAAUGGAGUACAGACGCUUACCCUCAAAGAACCACCACAAUCACUAUCAGCGCUAAAAUUGCUACAACUGCAACAACCGCCGCUACAUUUGCCCCAACCCGUGCCCUCGCCUCGGCCUGUACGCCUACGUCGACGUGACUACAGCAUCGACGAGAAAACGGAUGCCCUGUUCAAUGAGUUCCUGCGUCAUGAUCCCCGUUUCGACCAACAGGAGUCGCCGCUGCGCUCCCGGCACCGAUCGCGCAAACAGUGGCAUCGCCACAAGCAGUACAGCGACCCGGGGUCUGGUAGGCGCUACUCGCUCUCCCUGGAGAGGCAGAGUUUCAGACCCUUACAGAGGGGCGAUAGUGCAGGAUACCCUCUGGACACGAGGUACCACAGCACGCUGUCACGUAUCGCCAGCACAGCCGACGAGGAGGCCAAUUAGGGGGCGGCUAGCCAGGGAGCAACCAAUGAGGGUGCAGCUCAUGAGAGCACAGACGUUAAGGAGUCAACCAAUAAGGGCACAGAGAAUGAGACUGUAGCCAAUGAGGACGCAGCUAUUCGGUCAUCUGACACACUGAGGGCUGAGUCCAGCGGGAUGGACCCGAGGGUGGACAAUUACAACAACAACAACAGUAGCCAAGCCAUGAGUCUAUCAGAGUUACUCCUCUGCCUCCACCCCUGUGGCUCUCCCUGAGCCCCUGAAAGACUCCAUAGGUCCUCUUCACAUUGAAGAUCCUGAAUCCCCAGUCUUAAACCCCCAGCCACAGCCCCAGGCACCAUCCCCCAGCCUGCCUGAUAAGCUGUCUGUGACCCUGGAGGACAGGCUUUUCACUGGGCUGUGGAGGACAGGGCAGGACCAGGGAGGACAAGAGUAUGUGGUGGGAGACCUCCAGCCCUGUGUAGCCUGGCUGACCUUUCACUCCUUCAGUUAGCUUCAUCCCACUGGGCACAUACUGGUUGAAUCAAUGUUGUUUCAAUGAAAUUACGUUGAACCAACGUGGAAUAGAUGUUGAAUUAACGUCUGUGCCCAGUGGGAUGUCAUCUCAGUUUAGGUCAAUCAAUAGAUGAUUUUGUUAUAUUUCUACUGUAUAGCAUUAAAGAAACAAAAUACCUUCCCA